CUUCCCCCGCUAUAAAGGCGCGCGAGGCGGCUGGAGGCUGUAAAGGCUCUCCGACAGCCAGAGGAGGAGGAGGAGGAGGAGGAGGAUGAAGCUGUGUGUCCGUCAGCGCGGAGCUGAUCUCAGUUCAGUCCGUCUGAGCUGAAACUGGAAACUUUCUGAUGCUUUUCUCAGUCCGGAGCUUCUUCUUCUCCUUCAUGCACCUGUGACAAGACUUCCUGUCCCGCCUCCAUCAUGAGCGACAUCUACGAGUCAGCGGCCAACUCCCUGGGUCUGUUCAGCAGCCCCUGCCUGACCAAAGUGGAGCUGCGACUCACCUGUAAAGGGAUCUCAGACCGAGACGCUCUGUCUAAACCCGACCCCUGCAUCGUCCUCAACAUGCAGUCCCAUGGACAGUGGAUGGAGGUGGACCGGACCGAGGUGAUCCGCAGCUGUGUGAACCCCACCUACUCCAAGGUGUUCACCCUGGACUUUUAUUUUGAAGAGGUGCAGCGUCUGCGCUUCGAGCUGUACGACAUCAACAGCAGCCACAACGGCCUGAAGGAGGCCGACUUCCUGGGCUCAGUGGAGUGCACGCUGGGACAGAUCAUCUCUCAGAGGAAACUGUCCAAAGCUCUGGUCAGACCUGGAGGCACCGUGGGAAAAGUCAUCAUCACGAUCACAGCUGAGGAGCUGACGGGGAACGACGACUACAUCGAGCUCUCCUUCAGCGCCAGGAAACUGGACGAUAAGGACUUCUUCAGUAAAUCAGACCCGUUCCUGGAGAUCUACAGGCUGAACGACGACGCCACGCUGCAGCUCGUCUACAGAACAGAGACUGUCAUGAACAAUCUGAACCCAGUGUGGAAAACCUUCAAAGUCUCUCUCAACUCGCUCUGCAGCGGAGACCACGAACGCAAGCUGCAGUGCACCGUCUGGGACUGGGACUCAAACGGGAAACAUGACUACAUCGGUGAGUUCGAGGCCACGUUCAAAGAGAUGAGAGGAGCCAUCGAUGGACGACAGGUGCAGUGGCCGUGCAUUAAUCCCAAAUACAAAGUCAAGAAGAAGAAUUACAAGAACUCUGGGAUCGUCAUUCUGAACCAGUGCAAGAUCAUUAAGAUGCACUCCUUCCUGGAUUACAUCAUGGGAGGCUGUCAGAUCCAGUUUACAGUAGCCAUCGACUUCACGGCCUCUAACGGAGAUCCUCGUAACAGCUGCUCUCUGCACUACAUCCACCCGUACCAACCCAACGAAUACCUGAAGGCUCUGGUGGCUGUGGGAGAGAUCUGCCAGGACUACGACAGUGACAAAAUGUUCCCGGCGUUUGGCUUCGGCGCUCGGAUCCCUCCUGACUACAAGGUCUCCCACGACUUUGCGGUGAAUUUUAACGAGGACAACCCGGAGUGUGCAGGGAUCCAGGGUGUGGUGGAGGCCUACCAGGCCUGCCUCCCCAAGCUGCAGCUCUACGGUCCAACCAACAUUGCCCCCAUCAUCCAGAAGGUCGCCAACUCAGCCUCACAGGAGGUCCACACCAAAGAGGCCAUGCAAUACUUCAUCCUGCUGAUCCUGACGGACGGUGUCAUCACCGACAUGGCCGACACGAGGGAGGCCAUCGUCCAGGCCUCCCACCUCCCUAUGUCCGUCAUUAUCGUCGGAGUCGGGAAUGCCGACUUCAGUGACAUGCAGAUGCUGGAUGGCGAUGAUGGGAUCUUGCGAUCGCCUAAAGGAGAGCCCGUCCUCCGGGACAUCGUCCAGUUUGUCCCCUUCCGCAACUUCAAACAUGCAUCUCCAGCUGCUCUGGCUAAGAGCGUGCUCGCAGAAGUGCCCAACCAGGUGGUUGACUACUACAACAGCAAGGGCAUCAAGCCCAAAGUGCCCAGCGAGUACCAGUCUUCCAGGCCGUUCGGUCCGUGAGGAUCGCCACCGCCACGGCUGCCCCCUGGACAGCACAACCUCUUCUGGACUGAGGAAAAUGUUUACUGUAUUUUGUUCUUUGUUAAUGUAGAUGUUAAAGGUGCUACACACAGCAUUUUACCAUGAGGAAGUGGCUCUUUUUAGACUUUAAUGUGAUCACCACAGACACACAGGGCUCUGAGAAGCAGACUCAGGAGAGGAGGUUUUGCUGAAUUGCUUCAAGGCACAAAACGGGCAGAAGGUGUUUCCUCACCGGUUUCAUCUUUCUGAAAAGAGUGGAGAAGCUGGUGAGGCUGCUGGGUACAGAAGUGCUAAUUAGAACAUUCUCAAGGGAGAAACAGGGAGUGCUGAUGCUGCCAUGUAGGCUUACAUAGAAACCAACAGCAGACAGUGGGUGGAUGCACAUGCAUAUAUAGGCAACAACUCACUCCUCACCCACAUCAGAGCCAAGACAUAAUCUUUAUCAGACCGAAGUGCCGCAGGUUCGUCAGACAUAAGGCAAACAUGGCUGGACCUUUGAGUUUAUAUCGUGUGGGACUUGCUUCAUCACCAGAAAACCAGGGUUUACACUUAUUACUAGCCUUAUAGCUUGUUUUGUAAGAAAGCUUGUCAGCUAUGUAGCAUUACCUUUGAUAUACUUUUAAGAACUGCAGCUAAUGUUUGGAUUUCUCUUUCUUUUUAGUUAGUAAAGGCUCAGUCGCAGCAGCUUUUAGUUGCAUUUCAGAGUAAAUCUAUCAGUUUUCACAUUAGAGAAAAAUUGUGGAUUCUGAAUCAGAAUAGACAAAUCUAUCAUUAACUGUGUCACAUCAUCCACUUUUAUAUAACACUCCUCUGACAGGGUAUAAACUUCCAGAAUCAAUGGUACAAUCUCUUAAACUGUGAUAACUUCUUGUCAAGUUAGUAAUGAAGUUAAAUAGUUAGCUAACUGUUAGCAAGUUAGCUACUGUGGUGAUGCACAUUUGUGAUACUGCUGCAAGUUUCCAGCACUCCCUAUCUCAUAUCGACACACAAAUGAAUUUUACCAUAUACCAUUUUGAGUUGUCGUAAACGUGUAUCUUUUGCUAAUUGCAAUCCCACAUGACAUGAACUCAACACAGGAAGCAGAGAGGUUUAUGGGAAAUGAGGAAGUAUGCAACUUAAGGUACUCAGUGGUGUGAGGAAAGAAUUCAUUUCAUCACAAGUUAAGUCUUGUGUAAAAAUGCUAACUGUAGCACCUUUAGCAUCCGUUGUGCAUGCAGUGCCGGCAGAGGCUGAGCAGAUUGUAACGUUCAGGAGUGUUUUUACGGGACAUGAAAAGCACACAAACACACAACACUGACCAAUCCAAACGCUGCUUCCCUGCAGACAGCAUGACAGGCAGGGAAACAGUCGAUGAAGGAAUGUAUGAACCCCCUUCACCUCCCCUCUGGUUUGUUUUUAUAAGAGUUUAUCGAGAUUUUGCUAAAUUUCGUAAGGUUCGUACGUUGUAAAGCAUUUUGGAUCUCUGCUAGAUGAACAAGCGAGCUGCCUUCACAGACGUCUGCAUCCUCUACUGUUUUUUUCUAAAAGGCGAGGCAGAUGCAUGAACUGUUGUUUUGCAUGCAAAUCUCCAUGCGGGACUCCUCAGUCCUUGUGGUUUCUGUUUCCUGGUCGUGAAUAAUAUGAGUAAUAAUGACGUUUACAGUGUACCCGAUGAUGGGGCUGUUCUACUCUCAAGCAUGUUCAGAUGUAAACGAAAAUGUGUGAGUAGAUUUAAAAGCACAACCUAAGUAUCUUUGGAGAGAUUUCUAGAUUAUGGUGAUAAAUUUUGGUCAUUUUGUGCCACAACACCUGCCUGUCUACUUGUCUUUGAAAAAUGUAUUCACUUGAUUUGGUUUUGGUGUUUUUUCUUCCAUUUUUAAUCAUUGAAACAGUCACGUUUGGAAUCUGACAAUUUUGAGGGCACAACCACACUGUUCAGAUUCAGAUCCAGGUCUUGAUAAAUCUAGAAGUGAGUCAUAGGCAACCAGACAACCUGAGACUUCCCACCAGUAUGACAGGAAAAGAAACCUUUUGGAUGAUAGGCAUGAUGUCCAGAUGUGAUUAACAUAUGGAAACAAACGCUGGGUCUGCUGUGGGUCUUCUUCAGGGAGGACUGUUGGGAAAAACCUUCACAGUGAGGCUUCUAGAAGGCAUCUUUAUCUAAUCCCUUAAACCCCUUAACUGUAGCCUCUAUGAGGGAACAGGAGUGGAGAUCCUCCUCCAUAUCAAAUCUCUGGAUAUUAUUUCUGGGGUCAUUUGGAUGUUCCCAGAAAACCAAGGAGGUGAUGAGGUCUGAACCACCUCCACUGGCUCCUUUCAACAUGAAGGAGCAGCUGCUCCAACCUCCAUCUGGAUGUCUGAGCUCUUCAGUCUGAGCCCAGGCACUCUGCACAGGAAACUCAUUUUAGCCAAUUGAAACCUUGACCUCAUUCUUUUGAUCAUUUCCCAAUGAUCACAGCUAAGGGAUGGAAUUAGACUGGAAGAAUCAAGUAGAGCUUCAGCUCUCUCUUCACCACAACAUGUUGCCAAGAUGUGGCAGCACCAGGCUAUGCAAAGUAGUCCAGAUGGUUUUCUCCCCAAACACAUCAUCCAAGUCUUUGCAGCAUCCUGAGAUGUUCCCUGGCCAGAUGAGAUAUAUAAACCCUCCAGUGUGUUCUGAGUCAGCCCUGCAGUCUCCUCCCAGUUGGAAAACCUUCACAAAACUACAGCAUGGUUAAGACUAGGGACGAGUUAGCCAGCUAAAACAUUUCCAUUACACAGUUAAGGUA